GGUAUGGUCAAGAAAACACUAACAUUGAUAUUUUUUAAAUAUGAACACAUGAAUCUCGAGGGUAUUUACGUAUAGUUGUAUGAAUUAUUAUAAUUUAUGCCUAUAAUGUUAAAGGAAUUCCUUUCGAGAAAAUCUCUUUGAUAAUAUCGAGAAUAUAUAUAAUCAUUAUCGUUCAUCAAAUAAAAUCAGGAAGUAAUCAGAUUGAAAUGGAGAAGAAAAAGAAACGUUGAAACGAACCGCUAUAUUUUUCCGCGGCUAUUGUCCGCGACGGGCUGCCGCCUUCUUUUCGGCUAUUUUUGAAUACGCUUCGACUUCGCUUCGCUACGCUUCGCGCUUCGUCGCUUUUAUAUUUAAAACCGUGGAGGAGGACGAGUGUCCCUCGCGUCGUAGAACUUGUGUCGUUGUGUUCACACAUUGUUCGGAAACAGAUAAACUGGCAGCGAUAUUCCUUCCUCUUUCCUGUUAUCUGCGCGGGCGGGAAUACGAGAAAGGAAACGGGAGAAUACGCUUCAGUGUAUCGCUUCGUCAGAUUUAAAGAUAUUCACGUUUCAACAUCGGCGGUACAACCAGUCUCCAGCGGUGUUCUCUAGCGACUUAUUCGAGUGGUGUUUUACCUUAAGUGAAUUACACAAGUGACAAGAUAGGAGGCACGAUGCACACGUCGCACAAAAUACUAAUCGGCAUUUUAACGUGACAAUGAAUGACAAUAGAAAUUCGAUAGUUUACUCGAGAUUACCAAAACCCAGCCUUUUUAAUUACUCGAAAAAGCUCUUUCUACUGAAGCAGAGACAAGUCACGGUGACGGAAUCAGUCGCGGCGUUAGCGACUAUUUGCAUUGUCGCAUUGUUGAUACUGGCGAAUUUAGCGCAAACCUCACACACGGAGACAAACAUAGAGCCAGCCGCAUCGCUGAGGUAUGCAUCGCCGAAAUACGCGCCUGUUGCACGUGCCGCCGGAAUAAUGCUGCGAGCCCCGAUGUCGCGGGGCCAGAUGGAGGAUGUUAAGCGUGAAUUGGAUAUGAGAAGGCGGUGGGCGACACGUGUGUGUGAAACGAUCGACACGAAGAAAUCGCAUCUGGAUGCCGCGCUGACGAACAUGAUUAUUGACGCAGAGCACAACGUAUCAUGGUGCCCUAUAUACAAGGCAGCGAGUUCCACGUGGAUGAAUUACUUUGCCGUUCUGAAGGGCACUCUGACGGAUGCUACAAUAGACUUGGUGCGUCGCAAUCAUAUGCAGGUCAGCGAUAUUGUGAGACAAAAAUUUCAACAGGAUGCGGAUUUUAAUAGAACCUACGAGAAGAUGAGUAAAACGAAGAAAUUCCUGAUCGUGCGGCACCCGCUGGAGCGACUCUUGUCCGCGUACAGGGACAAGUUGGAGCACAUGCGGAACCGCGAAUACUACUACAAACGUUUCGGCCGACGUAUCGUGUUCAAAUACCGUAAAUCCGGUAACACGACGAGCAGAUUGGAACCGACGUUUGCCGAAUUUCUGCAAUUUAUAGUCAGCGAGAAGUACUUCGACGAACACUGGACGCCGUAUUAUCGCACCUGCGAACCCUGCACCAUCAAUUACGACUACAUUCUUAAGUUUGAGACUCUAGACAGGGAUCACAACUUUUUCAUCCAGGAUGCCAAUCUGAGCGAAUACCUGUACGAGAGAGAUUAUUCGCAAAACAUCAAUCCUCUAGGCGCGACCACCAGGAAAGUACUCGACGAGUACAUCCGUGGAAUAUCGCGAUCGCUUCUCGACGAGGUUUACAAGAUUUACGAGAAUGAUUAUAAAUUGUUCAACUACACAUCUGUUUAAUAUUGUUGGUGUAUUCGUCGAUUAUAUUUAUACAGGCAGCUCUCAAUUUUCAUACGACGUGCAGGCAGACGUACAAGUGUUAAAUCUUCGUGCCAGUUUAAAUGUGAUGUAACGUAAGAACUUUUUAAAUUCUUUUCACUUUUUCAGAGAAAGCAUUUUGCUUGUUAAAACAUUGUGCUAAAUAUAUAUAAUUAAAACAUAUACAUAUGUACAGGAAAGUCACCGAUUAUGAGAUAGGCUU